AUGAGCUCCGGCGGGGGAGACGGGGGUAGCCCCGUCGGCGGGGCUCUACCGCAGCCCAAACCCACCGUGCCUCCUGGGACAGGAGCUGGGAAAGCGACUGGAGUCCCUCCCGGGCCGGGCCCGAGUCACCACUCGGCCAAGGGCGGGACUGGCCAGAGCGAGAAACCCGAGACCCGCUCGGUGUGUAGUAACAGCAGCUGGGAAGCCGGCGGGGGCGGCGCCGGCCCCAUCUGCAAGAUCUGCUUCCAGGGCGCUGAGCAGGGCGAGUUGCUAAAUCCUUGUCGCUGUGAUGGCUCUGUAAGAUAUACACAUCAACUCUGCCUACUGAAGUGGAUCAGUGAAAGAGGCUCAUGGACUUGUGAACUCUGCUGUUACAGAUACCAUGUUAUAGCAAUUAAAAUGAAAAGGCCUUGCCAGUGGCAGAGCAUUACUGUAACUCUGGUUGAGAAGGUGCAGAUGAUUGCUGUAAUUUUGGGGUCGUUAUUCUUAGUGGCAAGUGUAACUUGGCUUCUGUGGUCAGCCUUCAGUCCCUAUGCUGUAUGGCAAAGAAAAGAUCUCCUUUUUCAAAUCUGCUAUGCAAUGUAUGGUUUUAUGGAUCUAGUGUGCAUAGGACUUAUUGUACAUGAAGGUGCAUCAGUUUGCAGAGUAUUUAAGCGUUGGAGGGCUGUCAAUUUGCACUGGGAUGUACAAAAUUAUGACAAAGCCACAGACAUAGAAGAGAGCACUCGAGGAGAAUCCUCCACAGCGAGGACUUUGUGGCUACCACUAAAUGCAUUGAGAAACAGAAAUCUAGUUCAUUCAACACAGUUAACUUCACCAAGAUUUCAAUGUGGCUAUGUUUUAUUACAACUCUUCAGUCGAAUGAGACCUCCAGAGGAUUCAUCAGAUGACAACAGUUCUGGGGAGGUUGUUAUGAGAGUGACUUCAGUGUAA